AUGCCUUCAGUCACACUAUCAGCCAAAAGCACCACGGCAUGGCUGCCCAGUCUCGACGAGUCCGACACCGAAAGCGACCAGGACUCGCUGUUCGACCAUGAACUGCCCACCUUCAACGAAGCUGUGGCCACCACCUUCAUCUCCCCUAGGCUCACCAUUGAGGCGUCACGAGACCUGAACAUCAUCGACAUGACCGUCAAGCUGACUCAGAAGACUAGGGACUCUAAGACCACUCUCGUCCAGUGGAAUAUCAACUCGGUAAAGCACAAACUGGUCCAACCUUCGUCGAGUGAACACACGGCUGAGAGCUUCAUGGUUCCGCAGGGAAAACACCACUUUGAACUGGCGGGGUUCCUAGACUCGACGAUUCCAGAGUCAAUCGAGAUAACCAAGAAACAACCCCUUUCAAAGGUGAGACUGCUGGGCCAAAAGAAAUCUGCCAAUGAUGGAAAGAACAAACCUCCUGCUCUGUAUGUUGUCUAUAGAAUGGAAAUAAGCUGGAGGAAAAAGAAGCAACUGAACCCUUUGGGUAAGCCAGUUGAACAUUUUCAUUCUAUUCCUUUCUACUUCAGAAGACAACCUAUUGAGCAGCUGUCUAUGCCUAUUGUCUUGUCGUCAGCAUGGGCUCAGAAGGCUGACACCACCUAUCUUUUCUCAGCGAAAACAAUCUCGUUCGAUGACACUAUCAGGGCCAACAUUUCUAUCUCACCUCUCGUCAAGUCACUGAGACUCACAAGUGUACACUUUUCAAUCAUCGAAAACGAGGGGGAUCCUGUCAGAGUGUACAACGUCUACUGCCAACAUUACAUGACGCCUGAUCUGCUUGAACAGCAUGAAAACGAACUCAAGGAGAUUGAAGAGAGCGGCUACGAGUACAAACAACACUUUCUGGACACAUGUUGCAAGGGAAAUCUUCUCGACUACGGCUCAGACCACACAGAUCUAAACUACAAGUUUUCGCUGAGGAAAUUCACAGACCACAUCAACCCAACCACAAAGACAAGCCAUCCAGCGCCCACCUCACACUCUCUCCAGAGCACGCUGAGAUUCUCGUUACUGGAGACCCAAGGUAACAUUAAGAGAAGACGAUUCUUCGACCAUAAUAUCAGCACUCCUGUGACGAUCUUCCAUCGAGAAAACGCUCUAAGCAACGACACUGAUCCAAGUUUGCCAUUGCCAGUACGAUCCGUGGCCUCCUUACCUGAGAAGCAACCACCACUACCGGCUUACGAGAGCUAG